AUGUUUCUUCACAAAGUAUUGGUUGGAUCCGUGCUCGGGUUCCUGGCGAGUUCAGCAGCUCGCAUCAUCGCCACAGAUGAGGUCCCCUUAAUCGGCCCAUCUUUCAUCUCCAAUUUUGAUUUAUCAAAUUCAAUCGCGAUCCAGAGUGCGAAAUUGAAGUUCCCUGGCCUCGUGGACAGUCUCUUUUCCACCGGAGCUCUUAAUCGCACGGACCUGGUCUUUUCCGUCGACGUCUUUUCCGCGGCGACCAACAGUUCGAUAUAUAACUAUUCGCACGUCGGGCAUGAUGCAAACAAGAGUUUGACUGCUGGAAUCCUCAACGACAAGACGAUAUUUCGCAUUGGAAGCGUAACCAAGCUCUUCACGGUCUACGCCAUCAUCGCGAAGGCAGGCAUAGAAGUCUUCAGCCAACCGGUGACGAAAUACCUUCCCGAGCUUGCAGGAAAUUCAUCUGCCGACCCACUGCAGAGACUCCGUUGGGAGGAUAUUACCGUCGGAGCAUUAGCUUCUCAGCAGGCUGGCACUGGAGGACCGGGGGACUUCUUUGCGAAAUAUCUGAAGCCGGACGACCCAUUGAACUACACGUCGCGAGAGUUUUUGACUUUCAUGCGCGAGGACAAAAAGCCCGUCAUCUCCCCGUUCCGAAAUGCCAUAUAUUCCGACGCAGGGUUUGCUGUUCUCGGGCAGGUUCUCGCUCGUCUGUCCGGACAGAAGACGUACACAGAUGCAAUCCGCGACAUGCUUUUCGAGCCAUUGGGACUGGGCAGUACGUCGACGAAGGUGCCGACUGGCUCAGAUCUGAAUGCGAUCGAUCGCUCUAUCGUCGACAAGAAUUCAUCAUGGGGCCUUGACCUCGAGGUUGUCGCAUCAUCUGGCGGGCUGUACGCCAAUGGUGCAGACCUUCGCACGGCAGGUCUUUCAAUCUUGAACUCGGAGCUGCUCUCUCCAGCCACAACAUCCGAAUGGAUGAAGCCUCGUAGUGGAACGGGCAGCUUAGUUGAGCUUGUUGGUGCACCUUGGGAAAUCUCUCGCCUGGAGAUUCCUGUUACUCCGGGCUCGAAUCGAACCCGUAUCUCAGACCUCUAUACCAAGGCUGGUGGCAACCAGGACUACACAGCCAUUUUCGCCCUGGCUCCAGACCACGGAAUUGGCUUCUCCAUCUUAAUCGCCGGUUCUACCGCCACACCUGCGCGUUGGCCCCUACGUGACGGGGUGGGCGAAACAUUCAUCCCCGCUGCUGAGCAUGCGGCUUGGGAAAAUGCUCGGCGCAACCUUGCUGGCACGUUCGUUGAUCAGAGUUCGUCUGGCACAAACCUGACGUUGACUGUUGACAAGGGCCGCCCUGGCCUUGGGCUCAAGUCUUUCUGGAUUAAAGGUGUUAACGGUCGCCACAAUGCGCACUGGCGCCUCUACCCAACUGGGCUUAACUCCAUCUCCCGAUCCUUGUCAUCGCUAUACAGGUCUAAGGGUAAAAUGCGCGUGGCACACCGUAUGGCAGAGCCAGAAAUCCCAAUGAAGCCCCGUGCUGCCGUGGAGGGAGGCAAAGGAGGCUUAUUUGAUAACUCCUUUACGUGGAUGAACCUCGAUUUUUCUGGACCGGCGGAUGAGUUCAUUUUUAACCUAGAGGAUGAACGACUUGUCAGUGUCGAGCUUCCGGCGUCAGGUUUGGUGCUUAACCGUGCCAAAUAA